GGCACAACCAAAAAAGAGAUUAUUCUACCCAGUUUAGUUGCUUGCGUGGAAGCUGGUGAUUAUUGGACACAAAUUUUAUAUGGUAUUCUUUUAGGGUAUGGUCACUGCACGCCCAAAACAGUAGGGGGGAAGGUAUUUUGCAUGAUCUACGCUCUACCAGGCAUUCCCUUGUGCCUCGUCAUGUUCCAGAGCAUUGGCGAAAGAAUAAACACGCUCAUAACACGCCUUCUUCGUCGCCUUGUAUGCAUACUACGAUGUAAAAGCCAAUCUAUUUCUCAGACCCACCUUAUUUUUGUCAGUGCGAAUGUCGUCACCAUCGUCUUGACAGCUGGAGCCGCGGUCUUUGCCCAGUACGAAAAGUGGCACUAUCUGGAUGCUCUGUAUUACUGUUUCAUAACUCUCACUACCAUUGGCUUUGGAGACUUUGUUGAUUCCCUGGCAAAACGACCAGACUAUGUGGCAUUUAGUCUGGUUUUUAUCUUGUUUGGGCUAACAGUGGUGAGUUCUGUCAUGAAUCUCCUAGUGCUGCGUUUCCUUACAAUGAACACAGACGAUCAGAGAAGAGAUGACUUGGAGGCAGCUGCUCAAGCCCAAGAGCUGAGGCGUCUACAUGGUGACGUUAUUCAUUCAUUUAUUGGAAUGACAAAUCAUCUACCUACAAACUAUGGUAGGGAUUAUGCAUCCAAAUCGAACGCAAAACAAGGCUUUACGAAGGACAUCAAAGAAAUGUCUCAUUCCUCGAAAUUACCUUGUGAAAACGAGGCUCAAAGUAACUCGUUACCGUGCGACGAUACUCCCCAGUCGGCAAUUAAGCUGCACGUUGAAAAAUACUUUCGUUCCUUUGCGCGUCUCUUUAGUAAUGACGGACACCAGAAUGUUGAUCCACCAACGAAAAGCUUCCGCCAAAUUGCGGAGGGCAGAAUCAGAACCACGGCUUCCUACUCUGAAUCAGAAUCUUUUGAAGACGAAUACUCACCUUGGAUAUAUCAGUCAGACAAAAAACCCGAACGAAACCUAAUUCAACAUAAUUUGCGAUUUAAUGACUCGUGUUAUCGAAAGCUGCCAAGAGUGAGCGAAAAUGUGCCAUCCUGCACAUCCGGACAAGGUGAAAUCGGCAGCAAAAAGGUGGCAGCUCCUUUUCUCCAGCAUAAAGAGCAGAGAACCAUGGGCGCAGACGCUAAGUGUUAUUCCAGGAUUUCACCAAAUACUUUUGAUGAGCUGAGCUCGGAUGAGUGUGAAUCGCCACCUCUCAAAUUUUUCCGUUAUUCCUCUUUAGAUCGUGCAUCCCUUUGA